ACUGUGCCAUAAAAGAUUUGGGGAAUUCUGCUACAAUUAAGUGAUUUCAUGAAGUACAGAAACUCAUGCUCACCACCUAAGGCAAUCUGCAGUCCAAACCUCACCCUCCUGCCACACAACAGUUCCAGUGAACUCAAUGGGAUUUUGCACUACAGUUAAGCCAGUGCCUGAGUUUUAAGAACUUAGCAUUUGGGUGUUAGUAAAAACAAAGUGCAGGAGUUGGUAACAAUGAAACAGCAUAAGUUUUAAUAUGGUUUAGUGAGCAUAGAGGUGAUGGGUUGAUGGUUAGACUAGAUCAUCUGAGUGGUCCUUUCCAACCUCAAUGAUUCUAUGAUUCUAUUUUCCACAGCAGUUUUGAGAGAACAUCAAGAACUUAAAGCUCUCCAGCAACAAUUUCUCUGUUCUGCUGGAAAAAUCAGGUUGUAAACAGCCUCCUACAUAAAAGGAAUUCAUAAAGAAAACAUUUGUAUUCAAAAGCUUAGAACAGCAAAAUCAGUUUGCUGCGCACUCCUACCUCCUCUUUGCUUUGUUUUCAUCUACAGACACUAAAAUGAACCAUUUAUGCCACACACAGAUAAUUCCAGGUCUUCUGGGACUUAAGAAAUGGAUUAAUGUUUCAUAUUUAAAUAACGGAGUUGAAUCACAAGGGAAUAUGAAAGCAUACUUAUAAUCCUCUAUUUCUGAGCAACUACCUCUCAUCUCCCAGUCAGAGAUACCCUCCUACACCCCUGAGGCACCCAGCACAGAAAUCUCCGGGGGAAAAAAAGUGGAAAAAAGCACUCCCUGCUUCAGUCAGCCGGCAGCAUUACAGGGCUUUCAUCACCUAGCUCACUGUGGCACUGGGCUGAAACGAAUGCUGAAGACUAACAGGCUAAGGGAGCGACAAAGAACCCAGAGACAGGGAGCUGGAUGCGCUGUGGCUUGUUACUAGCCAGAAACACAGCAGCAAGGCGCUGACAGGGCCUCGUGGGAGCCACUAAAGGGGACGGUCGGACAUGGGGUCCGUGAAGAGAAGAGCCGUAGCGCUGCCCGGCGCUCCGGCCCAGCCUCGCGGCGGAAGGGCGGGCUGCCAGCGGGGCUUCAGCCCUCCUCCCGCCUUCAGCUCAACGGGAGGAGCGGGUGUGGGCUCCUGUCUCGGAACCACGCCGCACGGCUCCUGGUUCCCAGCCCUUCAGUACCCAUGAGAGCCCUCGGGACGUUAAGGAAGGCCAUGAGGCGCAGUGAGCGGGAGCCCACAAUAAAACAUCCCUGCGCUAAUGCGGCGCCAUCUUGGGUUACGGAAGAACCGCGAUGGCAGGCGCCAUUUUGCAUCUGAGCGGGAGAGGAGAACAGCCUCGCUAUUUUCCGCCUGGGCGCCGCCAUUUUAGGUUACGGAAGAAUCUCCGCCUUCUCUAGAGCAAACUCAUAGGGCGCCGCCAUUUUGGGUUACGAACCAGCCUGCGACCCGCAGGGGUCCUCACCCCCUCCCUUCCUCCUCUUAGGUGUCUUCAUAAAAUGCCUGUGGAGAACCCCCUCUUUUUUCGCUCCGCUCCCAAGAUGGCGUCGAUGCGGGAGAGCGACACCGGCCUGUGGCUGCACAACAAACUGGGCUCCACGGACGAACUGUGGGCGCCGCCGAGCAUCGCCUCGCUGCUCACGGCGUCGGUGAUCGACAACAUCCGCCUCUGUUUUCACGGCCUCUCCUCGGCCGUCAAGCUGAAGCUGCUGCUAGGGAUGCUGCACCUGCCCCGCCGGGCGGUGGAUGAGAUGAAGGGGGCACUGACUGAAAUUGUCCAGCUCGCUACCUUGGAUUCAGACCCCUGGGUCUUAAUGGUAGCUGAUAUUUUAAAAUCCUUUCCAGAUACUGGCUCCCUUAACCUUGAUCUUGAAGAACAGAAUCCCAAUGUUCAAGAUAUUUUAGGAGAACUUAGAGAAAAAGUAAGUGAAGGUGAAACAUCAGCUAUGUUGCCGUUGGAAUGCCAGUACUUAAACAAAAAUGCCUUGACAACACUAGCGGGGCCACUUACCCCCCCAGUGAAACACUUCCAGCUGAAAAGGAAACCUAAAAGUGCCACUCUCCGAGCUGAACUCUUGCAGAAGUCGACAGAAACUGCUCAGCAGCUCAAGAAGACUGCAGGAGUGCCUUUUCAUGCCAAGGGCAGGGGACUGGUCAAAAAGAUUGAUACAACAACACCACUCAAAGGAAUACCAAAACAAGCUCCAUUUAGGAGUACUUCAGCACCUAGUGUAUUUAACCCUUCUGGAAACAGAAAUCCUAUUCCUCCUUCAAGAACGCCUCUGCGUAAAGAAAGAGGAGUAAAGCUUUUAGAAUUCUCUGAGCUGGAUAUGGUAGGUGCUGGCCGUGAAGCAAAGAGAAGAAGAAAGACAUUAGAUACGGAAGUGGUGGAAAAGCAAGCCAAAGAAGAAACAGUAGUAGAAAAUGCUACUCCAGAUUAUGCUGCUGGACUUGUGUCUACACAGAAACUUGGCUCACUGAACAAUGAGCCAGCGCUGCCUUCUACAAGUUAUUUACCUGCUACUCCCAGUGUGGUGCCAUCUUCCUCAUACAUCCCAAGUUCUGAAACACAGCCAGCUGGCUCUGCACGAGAGGCCUUGCAGACUAACAGACAGACUGAAGAGCCUGCAGCUCCAAAUGCUACCACAACUCUUCCUGCGCAAUUCAAGCAGAGAACUCCCAUGUACAACAGUAACUCGAAUCCACCUGCAACUACACCUACCUCACCCCUCACACCUACCACACCUCCUGCCAUUUCCCCUGCAGCACAAGCACCACAAGUGGCCCCUCAAACUCAGCAACAGCCACCACCGAAAAAAAGCCUCUCUCUUACAAGGGAGCAAAUGUAUGCUGCACAGGAAAUGUUCAAAACUGCAAACAAAGUUACAAGGCCAGAAAAGGCUCUUAUACUUGGAUUCAUGGCAGGAUCCAGAGAGAAUCCUUGCCAAGAGCAAGGUGACAUCAUUCAGAUUAAACUUAGUGAGCAUACAGAAGAUUUACCAAAGGCGGAUGGCACUGGCAGCACCACUAUGUUGGUUGAUACAGUCUUUGAAAUGAACUAUGCUACUGGUGAAUGGACCAGAUUCAAGAAGUACAAACCUAUUACUAACGUUUCUUAAGAGUUGCAGCGACAGCAGACUGGACCAAAUCAAGCUUAGUCAAUGAGCUCAUAGAGUAUGUCAACUGUACAAAAUGACAUUCAUGUGUACAUUUAUUACCCUCCAGCAUAGAAGCUGUGGCUCUUCAACCUAACUGGGCUCGGUGAAUGCAGAAGAAGAUGGUGUUGUUGAAUUUACUUUUUUCCUUUUUUUUAUUAUCUGGAAAAGAUGAUCUUAGGGAGGAAGUGGUUGGUGGUUUUUUAUUCUGUUUAUUAUUUUUUUUUAAUGCAAUUUAAGAUGCUGGGAGAGGAGAUCACAACUGAAAGAUUAAAGAUGGGAGCAGUUUACUUCUGAGUACCUGAAGAGAAGACUACUGCACAGUCAUUCACGGUUUACCAUUUAAACGAGGGCACAGAUCUUUAUUGUUUAAAGAAACUAUUUCCUUUGACUACAUGGGUUCCAUGAGCACAAGGAAGCACCACAUGGGUGCUUUAUUUUGUAAUUCAGUUGCAGUAUAACUAAAUACUGCAGGUGAUCAAUCCCUAGUGUCUAAUGGUACCCACUGUAUGUUCAGCUCAUUUAUUCUUGAGGCAUAGGAUGGGAUUGAGUAUCUUUAAUUUGCUAUAUUGUCUAUGUCCAUACACAGCAUGAGUUAACCUAUGUUUGGCAUUACUUGAGAUCAAGAAAAACUGAAUAUCAUAGUUUUCUGAUGGAAAAAAAUAGCAAAACCAGGGAAAAAUUGAAAGGAAGCAGUGGGCUAGUGCUGUGUGCAAAUUAUAAUUGCCACGUCAUUUUUAGGGUAAAAGCUUAUCAGUGGCUAUUGCAUGGCAAGUCCUUCAAACAGCCUGGGAGGAAACAAAGCUAGAACAUAUCAAGACUGAUUGCAGCAUUUUUGGUUUUAUAUGGCCCUGGAGAUGGUUGAUGCAUCUCUGAAUAAGAUGACUAGGAGAUGGUGAUGGUUUGUUUGGGCCGUCAUAAGGUGCUUGAUCACCUUAUCCAAAAAGUUCAGAAUGAGUAUAGCUGUGGUUCUUACCUGUGUAGUUAUCAGUAUAAUCAUUAAUGUGGCUGCAGUUAUUCUGGCAUAUAAAUGUGCCUUAGAUGUAUCCCCUUCUAGUAGAAGCACAUUUUGAUCUUUGUAACACCACUAGUUUCACCUGUCCUUAAAUGUUCAGAUGUAGUUUGUGUUUAUUGAGAGGGGUUGUGUACAUAGUUCAGGGUUCAUUGUUUGCAUUCUUUGAGGGAGACUUGGUUUAAAUGUCUGGUUUCUGCCAGUGCUUGUGUGCAGAGCUGUGCUUAGUUGGGAAUGGUGCUUGGAAGGAAGAUGUACAGAGCAGCACAGUGGGUUUUCUGCUGCUGAGAGGGUACCUGAGGCUGACUGGAGGUUCAUGUUAAAGUGGAACUCAUAGGACAAAAUGAGGCUUUUCUCUUCUCUUCUUCUUUUUUUUUUUU